UUGGGAGGAGACAGGAAGAAAGUGCUUACCAUCCCGAGCUUGGGGGAUAGGGUUCACGUUUUAAGAAAGGUAAAACAUUUACCUGUGCCAGUGUACGGUCCUUCUUGCAAAGGAAGGGAAGGCACCAGGGACCAUGAGUGAGAAUGGCCCUCGAACAGAGGCGCCAAUGUACUUCGAGGUGGAGGUGGAUCUACUGGAGCGGGAAGACGAAGAGGAGGAAGACAAGAUCCGCUACGACAAGGACGACGACCUGAUCGCCGAGCCUUCGUCCUCGUCUGGUCGCGUGUACGACCGCACCACGGUGCUCAUCGAGCGAGACCCCAUUCGUCUGGACGAGGAAGGCGAAGAGGAGGGCCACUGUGGUGGCGAUGAAGACGGCGUCACCUUUUUAACUGAGGGGGAGGGCGACGCGGAUGAGGAGGAGGGCUCUCUGGCCUUUAUGGCCGACCCCGACGGCAUGUCGCAGGGUUACGUGCACCACACGAUCUCUCCCGACCAGAUCCAGUUCACGAUAAACCCGGGCUCCACCCCGAUGCCGCGCAACAUAGAGGGCGCUACGCUCACCUUGCACUCUGAGUGCCCAGAGACUAAGCAGAGAGAGGUAAAACGCUAUCAGUGCACUUUUGAAGGCUGCCCUCGGACCUACAGCACAGCAGGAAACCUGCGGACACACCAGAAAACGCACCGAGGCGAGUACACCUUUGUGUGCAAUCAGCAGGGCUGCGGAAAGGCCUUUCUCACUUCCUACAGCCUGAAAAUCCACGUCCGUGUUCACACGAAGGAGAAGCCUUUUGAGUGUGACGUGCAGGGCUGUGAAAAGGCCUUCAACACGCUGUACAGGCUAAAGGCACACCAGAGGCUUCACACAGGAAAGACAUUCAACUGUGAAUCUGAAGGAUGCACAAAGUACUUUACCACCCUCAGCGACCUGAGGAAGCACAUUCGCACUCACACUGGGGAGAAGCCAUUUCGUUGUGACCACGAUGGAUGUGGGAAAGCCUUUGCUGCAAGUCAUCAUCUAAAAACACAUGUACGAACGCAUACGGGGGAGAAGCCAUUUAACUGUCCGAGCGACGGCUGUGAAAAGAAGUUUAGCAGCCAGUACAGUCUGAAGAGUCACAUCCGGGGCCACGACAAAGGACAGCCCUUCACCGUCACCAUCACCCACCCACACUCUGAAGAUGCAAAUCACUCGCUGUGCCUCAGUGACUUGAGUCUCCUCUCUACAGACUCGGAGCUACGAGAAAACAUCAAUAAUGCUCAAAACUUGGACCUCAACAAUGUGACUCCUAUAAAGAUCUUUGAACUCAUGUUCCAGAGUCCUGAAAAUAGCAUCAGCCAAGAUGAUCCCCAUCCCAUAAAGGAUUUAGGCGAGACCUUCGGUGUAGAGACCUCUGCUCAACCGCGAGGGACCGAUGCCUCGCCUGUAAUCCCUUUCUCCGUCAACCCUACCUCCUCUUCAAGCUGCUCCAAUAACGCUGCUGUCUUGGAGGCUUCUUCCCAACAUGUACCGAACUCCUCCUCUCAGGCCCACACUCCUGUUCCUGUCACCGUUGGUGUCAGCUCCACGCAGAAUCCCCCUUUCAUGCAAGUAAGUGGGGCUCCGCAGAUUUCAGACGUGCCUCAGGCUCCCGUCCAAGCGCCAAACCAUGUCACCUCUCAACACUAUGUGGCACUGCCACCGACAUUCCUGCAGUCAGAAAGCGCCACUCAGACUUCUCCGCCGCCGCCGCCACAGCCCGUCUCGGUUCAGCCUCCAGCGGCUCCAGCUCUGACCUCCGCAGCUCCAGCUUCUGCAGCCUCCACAGCUGACGGCCUCUCAGCUGUGGCUCAACCCGUGCCUUUGACCAACUGCGCUGUCACCAACACUGUUCCCGGUCAGGCCACGAACCCUGCCACCAUCACCAUAGCUUCGACUCCCAGCGUGCUGCAGCCCGGCCUCGUCAUGUCGGACCAGAACCUCCAGUGGAUCCUGAGCAGCGCUGCCAACAGCCAGCAGAACCCUGAGCAAGCAUCUCAUCAAGGAGCUCCAAAAGUGGAAAAGCUUUUCUUUACUACAGCCAUACCAGUCGGAGGAAAUGCUGGUAACUCGGUCCAGCAGAUCGGCCUCAGCCUGCCGGUCAUCAUCAUCAAACAGGAGGAGUCCUGCCAGUGCCAGUGUGCCUGCAGGGACUCUGUGAAAGACAAGACUGCAAAGAGUGCCUCCUCCAUCAUUUCAUCCCCUUCACAGCAGCAAGCUGCAGAGCCCCCUCCCCAGCCGUUAUCUGAGCCUCCAAACAUUUCAACCACUUCUUCUUCUUCUCCUUCUUCUUCUUCUUCUUGCUGCCUCCCCAAGUCUUCCUCCAAGGUGGGUGAGCCGAGGCCAGAGGCCCCCUCCUCUUCCUCCCCCUCCGCUGCAGCUCUGAGUUUCUCCCCUAUAGCGGGCAGCGGCGCUACCAACCCACCGCCGUCCGACGGCUUAGCCAGCAUGGACGUCUCAGACUUCCUGUCCAUGCAGAGCCCCGAGACGGCCGCCAACUUCGAAGCGCUGCUGCUGGUUGCGGAUGACUUAAACAUAACCACUGACAGCGGUCACUGAAAGGAUCGUCUUUUGAGCCGGGCACAACACGUUUCUCCUAUUCCAGCCCAAAGCUCGAGCAGCUCUUCAAAGCGAACGCCUCACCCGUCACCCUGUAUAGUUUGUGCAUGUAAAACCCUCUGUCUGUGCAGUGCAUUCUGUUCUGUACGGCACUGUGUGGCAUAUAUACAAACCUGUACAAACUAGGAACACGUCUUUUGAUUUGCUCUCAUCGCAGUAGCCGUGGUUAGUUUGCUUACAGAGAUUUAGCAGCCUUUAGGGAAAUUUAAUUCUGACAAGAAGCCGUUGAUCCUUUUGUGGAAAACAUUACCUGUAUAUAUUAAUCCUAUCGAUGGCGACUCUUGAACUGAUGAAAUAACUGUUGUCAAGGCACUGAUAAUAUAAAAAGGUCUCCGAGGUUGUAGAAAUGAGCAGAAAGGAAAAAAAAAAAAAACUGUUUAUCUUGGUACUGUACCGCAGGUCCUCUCAAACGCCGCUUCAAAUUGAUAUGCAGCUGACCAGAAUGCACUGUAUAUUGGAGGAAUUUGCUCUAUUAUUUUGAUUUAAAGCAUAAUUUAGCUUGUAUGAAGUGGUUUUCUUAGUAUUUAUGUUAUUGGAAAACUAAUGUAAUCAGGAAAAUGUGAUUGCUAAUUGAGAAAAGAACCUAUGAUCAUCUCUGCCUGUCUUUUUUUUAAACGGCAUUAAGUCGAUUGGUAAGUUGCCUCUAACUUAAACUAACUUUUGUAUAUGUUAAUUUAUUUAAAUGCUUGAUUCUUUUAUUAUGCUGGUAAAACUACUUUAUUAGAGCAGAAAAGUAAUCUAAUUUAUUUCAAUCAGGUGUGCUUUUAAGUUGAGCCUUUUAUUUCUCCUUAUUUGGUUACUGAAAUGCUUAACGAGUUUAGCUGAAAGCAAGUUUGUGAAAAAGAUUAACCUCUAGUUUAAUGCACAGGAAGGCGAACCGCUUAGGAUCUGAAAGAUAUGACCACACUUAGUUUACAGCUACUGUCACCAUCCCAUGUUUUUUAGGGCCGUGACCCUCUCAGGGACGCAUCAAGUCAUAACUGAUCCCUGUUCCCUGAGUUCGUUAGACACGUUUCCUUUCACCAAAAGGCUCACACUUGCAGUAGCCCUAUGUUUUGCUGCACUCUUCCCUGUUUUUUGCACACUUUCUUGUAAAAAUGAAAAAGAAAUUCACAGCUUGUGAGCUGAGAGGCGACACCACUACAGACUUUUGUAUACAACUGCUGUAAAGUAGCAUUUAGAAGCUGGUGUCUGAAGACCGUGUAAAUAGAGUACAUUUUAGUGUAAGCAUAUUUGAGAACCUUGUAGAUUCCAGGAUUUGUAUUUUUGUAUAGAAAUUUGAGCUCAGAGUUUGAAGCUGAUCUAUCGUGCAUCCUUGCAUUUCUUCCCCCCACCCCAACCACAUUUAUGUAGAACAGUUUUGAGUUUUUGCUGUGUUUAGUUGAAUUGUUCUAUAAGCAACUGGGCUUGUGUACAGUCAUCCUUUGUAACAAAAUAUGUAACUUAUAGCCUGUUGGUAAAGAGUAUAAUUUAACAGUAUUUCACAUGGGACACAAUGCAAUGACGACAGAGCUAAGGCAUUAUCUCCUGCAGCUUUUCGUAUAGAAGCUCCUUGGCCUUACAAACCAUUCUGUAAGCCUCUUUGCCUUGAUCAUCUCUCCUUCAGACGUCAAAAGCUCAACAUUUUAUCUCCUCUAAUCUCCUUAACCAGAUCAUUUGGCCAAAACCGUAUAGGUUUAUUUAGAUUU